GUGAGUAGUGAGUAGAGUCUCUGACAGCAGCAGCAGCAGCAGCAGGAGGGAGGUGAUGAUGAUGACGAUGAAGAGGAGGAGCUGAUGUCAGUUCAGUGUCUGAGCUGAAACUGGAAACUUUCUCAUGAUUCUUCUUCUCUCUGCACCUGUGCACAGACUUCCUGACCCGCCCCCACCAUGAGUGACAUCUAUGAGUCCACAGACUCACUGGGUCUGUUUAGUCCAUGUCUCACCAAAGUGGAGCUGAGACUCACUUGUAAGGGAAUCUCAGACCGGGACGCUCUGUCCAAACCCGACCCCUGUGUUGUCCUCAACAUGCAGUCACAUGGACAGUGGAUGGAGGUGGACCGCACGGAGGUGAUGCGCAGCUGCGUCAAUCCCACCUACUCCAAGGUGUUCACUCUGGACUUUUAUUUUGAAGAGGUGCAGCGGCUGCGCUUCGAGCUGUUUGACGUCAACAGCGGCUACAACGGCCUGCGGGAGGCGGACUUCCUGGGCUCAGUGGAGUGCACACUGGGACAGAUCAUCUCUCAGAGGAAACUGUCCAAAGCUCUGCUCAGACCUGGAGGAACCGUGGGGAAAACCAUCAUCACGAUCACAGCAGAGGAACUGACAGGAAACGACGACUACAUCGAGCUUUCCUUCAGUGCCAGGAAACUUGACGAUAAGGACUUCUUCAGUAAGUCAGAUCCGUUCCUAGAGAUCUACAGACUGAAUGAUGACGCGACGAUGCAGCUCGUCUAUAGAACUGAGACUGUGAUGAACAACCUGAACCCAGUGUGAAAACUUUCAAAGUGUCUCUGAACUCACUGCAGCGGAGACCAU